AUGUAAUAGCAGACUGUUGAUGAAAAUAUUCUCUAAUAAGUAUAUUAAUCAUUUUAUUAUAGUUGAGACGUAUUUUAAGUUUUUAAUUCUUAAGCAGAAACUAUUUUCUAUUAAGAAAAUUUGAUCCUAACACAGGUUGUAUAAGGCUUUAGUGUUUAGCCAAAGAAAAAAGCUUUAGACAAUUACUAGAUUAUCCAUAUGGAUUAGAAACUCUAGCCAAUGUAUAAAUUUGAAAAUUAACUUUUUAGAUAUUGAUCUAAUAUAACUAUAGUAAUUGGAUUUUCGAUUAAACUUUCAAUGUAAUUAGACCCAUCUUUGCAAAAGAAAGAAAAUAAGUGUAAAUUUUGAUCAAAAAGAAUCAAGUGGAUGAAUUUAAGAAAUUUUUGUUAGAAUUAGAUAUUUCAAAGGAAUAUGAAGUUUAAGAAGCAGAGUAUAUAGCAAAUAAAGAUUUGAUAAAAUUUUUCAUUAUAUUUGAUAAUGAAGAUGAAGCAUAGAUAGGUUUUAGUAAAAUAUAAUAAUGCAAAGUUACAGUAAAAUUAUCAUAUGAAAUUUUAAGUUUGCAAUUCAAAAUGCGAGAAUGGAGGAAGUAGAUUUCUUUAACAGAUUCCUAAAUAUUGUUUAAUCUAAGUAAUAAUAAUUUUAAGAGUAAAGAAUGAAUAAUGCAAGAAAUUAUGAAGAUAUGUAAUUUGAACAAUAAUAAUUUUAACAUCAUUAAUAUCCUUAAUAGAAUCAAUACAAAUAAUAUUAAUAAUAGAAAUUUUAUUAAUAAUAAUAAGAUUGUACUUCCUUAGACAUUGUAAGUUAAAGAUUAAAUCAAAUUAGAUCAAAUGAAAAAAUAGAAUUAAAUUAUGCUCCUUUGUAAGAAUAAUAAUCAAUGUUUUCAUUUUUACCUCAUUUGAAUCCAACACAAUAAAUUUAAAUUCAAGAAGGUUAAGAGAAUCCAAAAUUUAGUGAAAAGAAAAAUUCUAUUGAAAUAAUAAAUACAGAAGUAGAUCCUGAAAAUUCUCAAUCAUAAACCAAUUAGAUGUAAAUAUCAAGAGAAUCAGAAUCAAAUAAAGAAAAUUCUGUGGAAAGAAAUAAUUAAGAAAAAACACAUUAAGUAGAAUUGUAUGAAUAAAAAUAAUAUUCUAAAUAUGGAUAUUAAUAAAAUGGAUAUGUAAAUAUUUAUUUAUAAUUUAGUAAUAAAAGAGAAGAAAUAACUAUGAAUAUAAUAAGUAUCAUAACAAAUCAAAUAAUAGGAAAUAACCAUAUUAUAGUAUUAAAUUGUCAUUAAUAUUUAGAUCGUUUAGAGAAUGAUUUAAGUGAGUUUACUGGAUAUAAGAAAUAUCAAUAAAGAUAGCAAAAGGAAUAUUAUGAAUUGAAAAAAGAAUAUUGA